UGGAGGUUCCUCGCCCCCCUGCACUUUCCUGCAGCGCAGGGGGCUUGGAGGGAUCUCUCCGGCUCCUGCUGUUUUUGAGAAUGAUGCGGUGAGAGUGUGUGCUUGGCAUCUGCGUGCUGCAGCAGUGUGGGGCUGACAGAGUGUGUCAACUUGAGCUCUGGCUGUGCAGGCACCGCUGCUGCGGGAGCCUGUUAUUCCAUUCUGGAUUGCUAUUUUGAUACCCAGAUUGCAUCAUUCUUCCUACGUAUAAACAGGGGGGUCCCCAGGGCCCUGCAGCUACUCACUUCUCCACCAACACUGUUGUUAUGAUGAGCUCUAUUUAAAUGAGCUGCCGGAUCCGGGCAGGUUCCAGCCACACAUGAGCACUGUCAUUUUGGGGAACAUGGAGGGCUGAAGAAUUUUUGUGGAUCGAGUCCUAAAAGCCUGAGAGCGAUGGCUUCCAGAGCUGUGUGCUGUGCAGAGGGCGACAGAGCUAGUUCCUGAAAGUUGAAAAUCUCGUUUUCUUCCUUCUGAGGCACCCAGAGGAUUAGGAAGGAGAUGCAGCUAGGAAGAGAGUCGCCUCUUUGAGGUCUCCCUCUUGCUGUUCAGUUUGGGAAAAUUGCUGCAGAGACUUGGAGAUAAACAGGAACAGGAGGAGUCAACCUCGCUCUUUCUUGCAGGAGCAUCUCAGAGCUCAUCUCCUGUCCUGGAUGUCAUCGAGUGUAUCUUACCAGAGAUGUAACUGAACAUAUUUUUCUUCAGUGCUUUUCUCCUGGGCAACCCACAAUGGCCAGGAACUGCUCUGAGUGCAAGGAGAAGAGGGCAGCACACAUCCUCUGCACCUACUGCAAUCGCUGGCUGUGCAGCUCUUGCACAGAAGAACACCGACAUGUCCCAGCCCCAGGGGGCCCACUCUUUGCACGGGCACAGAAGGGAUCUCCAGGGGUGAAUGGUGGCUCUGGGGACUUCGCCUUGUACUGCCCUCUGCACACACAGGAAGUGCUCAAGCUCUUCUGCGAGACAUGUGACGUGCUCACGUGCCACAGCUGCCUGAUGGUGGAGCACAAAGAGCACAGGUGUAGACAUGUUGAAGAAGUUCUACAAAACCAGAGGAUGCUUCUGGAAAGUGUGACUACGCAGGUGGCACAUAAGAAAUCCAGCCUGCAGACAUCUGCAAAGCAAAUUGAGGACAGGAUUUUUGAAGUGAAGCAUCAGCAUAGGAAGGUGGAAAACCAGAUCAAAAUGGCCAAGAUGGUCCUCAUGAAUGAGCUGAACAAACAGGCCAAUGGACUCAUAGAGGAGCUUGAGGGCAUUACUAAUGAGAGAAAGAGGAAGCUGGAGCAGCAGUUGCAGAGCAUCAUGGUUCUCAACCGUCAGUUUGAGCAUGUGCAGAACUUCAUCAACUGGGCCGUCUGCAGCAAAACCAGCGUCCCUUUCCUUUUCAGCAAAGAGCUGAUUGUGUUCCAGAUGCAGCGGCUGCUGGAGACGAGUUGUAAUACAGAUCCUGGCUCUCCCUGGAGUAUCAGAUUCACCUGGGAGCCCAACUUCUGGACCAAGCAGCUGGCUUCCCUUGGGUGCAUCACCACCGAGGGUGGACAGCUGUCCCGGGCAGAUGCUACAGCUGCUUAUGGGACCUUACAGGGACCAUCAUCCUUUUAUCAGAGCCACCAGGCCCCCAUGGCUCAGCAGGAGUCGCUCAGCCACUCCUCACACAAGUUCCAGCCUCCAGCACUGUGCUCCUCGUCUGUCUGCUGCUCCCACUGCUCCCCAGUCUCCCCUUCCCUCAAAGGCCAGGCGGCCCCACCCGGUAUCCACCCAGCUCACAGCUUCCGGCAGCCCUCUGAAAUGGUGUCCCAGCAGCUGGGGUCACUGCAGUGUUCCACUCUGCUGCCCAGGGAGAAAGAGCUAGCCUGCAGUCCUCAUCCACCAAAGCUGCUGCAGCCCUGGCUAGAGCCACCGCCUCCUGCAGAACAGGAGAGUACAUCCCAGCGGCCAGGACAGCAGCUGAUUUCCCAGCCUGUGUGCAUCGUCCCUCCACAAGACGUUCAGUCCGGAGCUCAUGCCCAGCCCACCAUACAGACACCCUCCAUCCAGGUUCAGCUGGGCCACCAGAAGCUGAAGCUCAGCCACUUUCAGCAGCAGCCACAGCAGCAGCCACCACCCCCACCUCCACCUCCCCCACCCACCCAGCAUGCACCCCCACCCUUGCCUCCAUCCCAGCACCUGGCUUCAGGUCAGCACGAGAGCCCUCCUGGGUCCGCCUGUUCCCAGAACGUGGACAUUAUGCACCACAAGUUUGAGCUGGAGGAGAUGCAGAAGGACUUGGAACUUCUCCUUCAGGCUCAGCAGCCCAGCCUGCAGCUGAGUCAGACCAAGUCUCCUCAGCAUCUUCAGCAAACCAUUGUGGGCCAGAUCAACUACAUCGUGAGGCAGCCAGCACCCGUUCAGUCCCAGAGCCAGGAGGAAACCCUGCAGGUUACAGAGGAGCCACCAGCAUCUGAGGGCCCAAAGCCAGUUCUACCCCUUGACAAGAAUACUGCUGCUGCCUUGCCACAGACAUCUGGGGAAGAAACUCCUCACAGUGUCCCCACAGUGGACAGCACCUCACAGCACUCCUCUCCAAAUGUGGUGAGAAAGCACUCCACCUCAGUGAGCAUCAUGGGCUUUUCCAACACUCUGGAGAUGGAGUUGUCAUCUACCAGGCUGGCGAGGACCACAGAGCCACAGAUCCACAGGGUGAGCAGCCUGACAGCUGGUCCCACCCACACAAUUCCGAGCCUGCUGAGUGGCCCACCACAAACUGUGUCUAGCCUGAUGAGUGUUUCAAACCAUGCCGUGCCCAGCCCAGCCAGUCAUCUGCAACCCGCGCCGAACCUUGUACGUGGCACAUUCCAGUCCAUGCCCAACCUGAGGGGUGAUUGCUCUCAGGCCGUUACAAGCAACCACUCACAGGCUGGGCCCAGCCUAAUGUCUGGGCACACCCAGGCUGUGCAGAGUCUGGCCACUUGUCCUCCGCAAGGCAUGCCUCCGGUUUCUGACAUACGUUUGGAGACUAGAUCCACUUCCAGUCCCAGCUCUGGCCAAACUGCAGAGAGCCUGGGCCUCAAGGAUGGGGCCGAGUCUUCCCUGGGGAAUGCCCUGUGUAAGAUGGAGAGUGAGGAUGGCACUCGUGUCACAGACUCAAUAGGACAAGGCUCCACAGCCUCCAAUCUGGAUGUUCCCAAGGAUUUGGUUAUUCCCUCAGAACUGGAGGAACCAAUUAACCUCUCUGUGAAAAAACCUUUUCUGGUGCCAGUGAUCAACACGUCUACUGCUCUGCAACAGUACCAGCACCCAAAAGAAUAUGAGAAUUUUGAACAAGGAGCCCUGGAGCUGGAUACAAAAGAGAAUUCAAGCAUAAGAGCCAUCAGUAGUGAGCCCAAGAUUCCCUACGUGCGACUGGAGCGGCUCAAGAUCUGUGCUGCCUCAUCAGGAGAGAUGCCUGUGUUUAAGCUGAAGCCCCAGAAGAACAGCCAGGAUGGAAGCUUCCUGCUGGUGAUAGAGUGUGGCUCUGAGUCCUCUAGCAUGUCCAUUAAGGUCAGCCAGAACAGCCUGCCUGAUGCCACCAAAGGCCCAGGACUGGGGGGGAGAAAGGUCACCGUCACAUCUCUGGCUGGGCAGCGGCCACCAGAGGUAGACAGUGCAUCUUCUGAAGAACACAGACUUAUUCCCCGAAAUCUUGGAGCCAAAAAGUGCACCCCAGCCCCCAUAGAGAAUGAGGACUUUUGUGCUGUGUGCCUCAAUGGUGGGGAACUGCUGUGCUGUGACCGCUGUCCCAAAGUGUAUCACCUUUCCUGCCACGUACCCGCCUUGCUCAGCUUCCCAGGGGGAGAGUGGGUCUGCACCCUCUGCCGCAGCCUGAUGCAGCCUGAGAUGGAGUACGAUUGUGAGAACGCCCGCUACAGUCAGCCUGGAGUGCGGGUACCUCCCGGCCUGAGCAUGUAUGACCAGAAGAAGUGUGAGAAGCUGAUCCUGUCCCUGUGCUGCAACAGUCUCAGCCUGCCCUUCCAUGAACCAGUCAGCCCCCUUGCCAGGCAUUAUUAUCAGAUUAUCAAGAGGCCCAUGGACCUUUCGAUUAUCCGGAGGAAGUUGCAAAAGAAGGACCCAGCUCACUACACCACUCCAGAGGAAGUGGUGUCAGACGUACGCCUCAUGUUCUGGAACUGUGCUAAAUUCAAUUAUCCUGACUCGGAGGUUGCAGAGGCUGGUCGCUGUCUGGAAGUAUUCUUUGAGGGCUGGCUAAAGGAGAUCUACCCAGACAAAAGCUUUGCCCAGCCCCGGCAAGAGGAUUCAGACUCCGAGGAUGUAUCUGGGGAGAGUGGCUGUUCCACCCCUCAGGGCUUCCCGUGGCCUCCCUACAUGCAGGAAGGCAUCCAGCCCAAGAGGCGGCGGCGACAUAUGGAGAAUGAAAAGACAAAGAGAAUGUCGUUUCGCCUGGCCAACAGCAUCUCACAGGUGUGAGAACUGGAAGGAGACGGGGCGUUCUGGUGGCCGAUGUCCCAUCCUCGCGACCAUUCCUCCCCAUCCUUCAGCUUAUCGUCUUCAGAGUGUGGCUGGGAGAUGUCUUGUUGAGCGGGUAGCGCUCCCUUCAUCAUUUGCAUCUCUAGCAUUUAUUUGGGAGCCAUAGUGCAUCCACCAUAAAGAAGAUUUCAGUAAAACAGGGAAGAGGGAGGUUCCUCAUUGCCAGAGUAAUCGGACAUACAGGUUCCAUGCCUCUCAAGGCUUGGAAGGACCUGGCUUCCUCAUGAGCUCUCUCAAUUGAGGAGAGCAGACUUUGCUCACCUCUCAGCAGCCAGGGCUCAGGAACACUGUGUGUGUCUGAACUCCUGGCUUAGAAGUGGGUAUAAGAAAGGAAGCGAGAUUUGGAUAUAUGGCAGGCCUAUGAACCCUGUCCCAGAACAGCCAAAGACUGUCACUGUCUGCCUUUGCUCGUCCUGUUGGGACAGAGGUAUCUGCCACUGGCAGAAUAAUGGAGGCUUCUCGAGGCCCUAGGUCUCAAUUGGUGCCUAUUUGGGUUCUAACGGUUUUCAGGGUAUUUGUUUUCACGCCCCCUUUCCUGAGUAGGACUUGGGUGGUCACUGUGAAAUGCUAUGUGUGGUUUGGCACUUUUGCCUGAGCUAGGAGGCAGUGCAGAGACCAGAUUUCAUUUACAUCCAGAAGAUGCCAGCUUCAGAAUCUGUCCUUUUGUAUCCUAAUAGCACUUCAGAACCUACCUUCUCAAAAGUGACUAUUAUGUGCAUCAGUGGCUCUUCCUUGGUCAUCUCUAUUCAGACAUCCGUAUCUUGAGUUUUACUUGGGAGAAAUGUGAGGUGGUGUCUACUGCAGGUACAGAGUUCCCUGGCAAGAAUAACCCACAGCCAGUACUGUGCUGGGCCUCUUCUGCCCAAGUCUAGUUCUCUUUUUCACACAACCAAAGAUCAGAACUGUGGCCAUGCUGUUCACAGCCCAGAAGCAGCCAACACUCAUCACCCUCUAUUGUAGGAGCUUGGAAAAGGCAGCAGUGACUGACAGGAGUCUAAUCGAAGAAUUCCUGGGCUAAGGGCAGAGAAGGGGAAUCCUUUAGUGACCCUGAGGUAACUCUAGAGUUAUGGCUCUCACAGAAUGCCCAGAAAGACAUUCUGGAAGCCAAGAGCAGUAGAACUGAAGGCCAUAUCGUAGAUGGAUCUCCAAGGUGUUGGCAGGAUUUGGAAGGAAGCCUCUGAGACAUACACAGGGACAGGUUUCUUCCUAGGCAUUGGCUUGGUUGAGGAAGGACCUAUUGAUUAUAUUGUUGGUGGAGAUGGCAUCUCAGUGACCUGGUCCUGAGGCAUGGCUAAUUUCAGGGGAUUCUCAGGCUGUGGCUUUGUUUUUGCAAAGAGGCACAGUUUAAGGAAGUGAUUGUUCACAGGGUCUUAGUUGGGAAACAUCUUACCAGAAACCUUCUCUUCUUCUCCACGAGAGAAGCAAAAGCACUCGGCCCCCUUUGACUGGACUGAGGGAGCAUCUUCACAUCACAGCCCUGCCUACUGCCCUGUGGUUCAGCAGCACUGCCAAGCUCUCUUCAGUACGUGGGCUUCCAUACCUGCUGUCUAACUCGAGGCAGUUGACUCUUCAGUUCAUUUCUGGUCAGGUAACCUUCGGAAACAGGCUUUGCUCUUUAUGUUCACAAUGCCUUUUGUUGGGGCUCUGGGUAUUUCUCUUUUGAUUUUUGCAUCCUUCUCUCUGAUUGGUCUGGUAAGUUUCCUUCUGUUUGUGCCUUUUCGAAUUCCUGCUUUGGGCAUCUUCCCUUUUGUGGCACAUAUUCUAUACUUUAUGGUGUUUGGCUCUGGAAAGCCACUGAACACUAUGAAACCUAACAACUUUUCCUGGACCAGCUGGAGACUGUGCCUGUGACAUGGAAAUGCCUGGUUCAAAGCCUCGCUUCUCCUAUCUUGGUACAGCUUGCAGAUUGAGUGUGUCCGGUUAGUACAAGGAUCAGCUUCUGGGCCCAGGGAUACGAUAGGCAGUCCUCUGUCCCCUUUCCACUAUAGAGCCCCUCUGUGCCGAGAGGCUCCCUCUGGGCAUGUGAGCAGGGCAGAUAGGAAAGAGGGAUGACUUUUCCUUCCGGAUGUGAGGCCCUGGUCAUCUUUCCUUCCCUAUACUGACUAGCCCAUGGGAUUUUUCCUGGAACUAUGUUUUUAAAGUCAUCUUUCUUUGCAUGCAAACAACAACAACAACAACUGGAAAUUUAAGAAAUUUAAAACAAAACCAAACACUUAUUCACUAAGUAAGUUUUGCUCUUUGGCUCUUCAACAUUUUUAUUGGAUCCUGCAGUGGCUUAUUCCCAUAUGGUCCAGUCAUAAAGUCAGUUAAGCUCCUGUGGACAGAGUCAUGCAGUGGAAAUGCAAUGAGUUCUGGUUGUUUUGCUGCAGUGUGCAGCCCUAGGAGACAAGAAACUUCUUGGCCGUGCUGAGCAAGUGCUGAGAAACGUGACAGUAGGAUGGCUUCAGUGGACACAAGGGCAUUUUGGUGCAAAAACUGAUACGGUAUGGACUUUAAAAGCAUUCUUUCACAGAAUAUGCGUAGGUUGAUCCACCUGAAUUCUAGCAACAGGUGUGUGCCUGCUGUAGGAACCUUGCUGAAUGGCAGCCACCUGGCCUUCCUUGGACGCUGCUCCAUGUGUGACAUUGUUGGAAACACAGUCUUUGUAUGCCUCUUAAUACCUAGGCCCCUCUGUAGCUGGUGCCUGCUCCCCCCACUUUUACCACAUUGGUCACUUGUUAACUUAGGAGCUGAGUCUUUGCUUCCGCCUCCUCUUCUCCAGGCCCUCUCCUGUUGUGCUUACCCCCUCCCCUCUGCCUGCUUCCAUGACUGUAUCCCUCCCCCUUUCCCACUUCCAUCCUUCUCCAGGGUUUCCUCCUCUCGCCAGAGUGAACCCAGGGCCCACCACAGAGGUUCUGAUUAGCAUUCUGCACUUUGCUAACCUCCCCAACACCUACUUUCUCCAUUUUCCACACCAGCCUGCUUUCUGUUCCUUUUCGGCCUCUAAGCAUGGCAGGCUCAGAGCCACAGCCUCAGUAUUGAUUGGGAAUUCUUGGACUUGGUAUUACUCUUCUUUCUGAUAUCCAUUCUUCACCUUUGCUGUUGGCCAAUGACUGAGCUUACGGUCUGCUUUAUUGAAGAGAGCGCCUAAGGCAAGGGUUUCCUGCCCCCUGCUCUUCCUCUAUGACCAGUGUGUGCACCCUGCCUCACUUCCUUCCCUGUACUCCAGUUUUGUAUUUCCUGAGCCCCAUAUGCCCUCCGAGGCUUUGUUUUCCCUUCCCGGGCUCUGCAGGCUUUCUCCAUUGCUUACUUCUACACAGCCUACCAAAGUUAUCUCAAGAUUCAAACAAAAAUGUCACACCUGCGUCAUAGACCUUUUUCACUGUCCAUCAUUUUUCUUUUAACACAGACUGGGCAUGGUGGCAUACAUCUUUAAUCCCAGCACUUGGGAGGUAGAGACUGGAAGAGCUCCAGGAGUUCAAGGCCAGCCUGGUCCACAGAGUGAGUUCCAGGCCAGCUAGGGGUACACUGUGAGACCUGGCCUCAAAAAAAAAAGCAGCUAAAAGAAUAUUUUUUUGAUUCUUCAUCUUCAGCUCUCUAUGGAUUUUCAUAAGAGGCACCAGUGACCAUCCAGUUGCCAAAUGAGUUGAAUGCAUUUCAUUUCUCAACUGUCUCAAACUCUGUAUAGCACUCACUUCCCCACUAUUCUCUGCAGGCAGCAUUCUCUUCACUCAUCUUUUAGGAUGUUCCAGGUUCCCACAUUAUCUUUAUCUCGACCUCAAAGGCUGACCUUGUUUGAAACCUAGAUAGAGGGAUGUGCCUGGCUGUCAUUGUUUUCUUCUCUCCAGGGCCUGGGUAAGCAAGAAGAAUCACAGUUGUUCCCAAUUCCUGCUCUCUGUUUUUCAGUCCCUUCUUCCUGGGUUUGCUUCUUCUCUGUGGGGCUUGUUCAUGAGCACUUGCAGAGAGUUCUGCAUCUGUGAGUCCGUCCCUUGGUUGCUCCCAGGAGAACAUAGGGAGAUGGCUGAUUUGUUAGGAGUCAGCCUAAGUUAGGGGUGGAUUUUGUAGCUUGCAAUCUGCCAUCUGGCUCAACUGAAUUCCCAUGCAGGUGGACACCUCACCAGUAUGAUCUGUAUCAGUUGAAACCUGCCUCAGUCAGCAGGGAGCCAAGGAUCAUGAGACAGCAUGCUUCCAUGCAGGAUUCAGUGCUGCAGCCAGAAGAGUCCUAGCAAGGUCUGUCACGAUGACCUUCUGAGGGAGGGGAGUGCUGUGGUUCUUCACUGAGCUGAGCCUAGCUCAGCUAGACCCUUCAUAGGUCUUUCUCAUUUGUGUUGAUCAUCCCUCAUCUGCUUACUUCAGAUGUUACUGGAGCUGGAGGCAGAUGGUACCUGCUUUCUUUUGAGGUAUUGUAGAAGGACAUCUGACUUGAGAGUUUGAGAAUCUCAAUUUUGGCAUUGUCAGUGAUGGGUGGUAUGACUUGAGGUAUGUUUCCCUCAUCUAUGAAGUUAGGGAUCUCUCAGAGAUCCCAUAGCUCAAAGAUGACAACUGUGAUUCUAAAUCUGGAGCCCAGGCCAUAGAGGAACAGAGGAACUCUGGGAGUGGGGAAACAGCUAGGGAAGUCCCAACCAAGCAGGGCAACAAACUCUACAGGCCAAACCGCACUGCUUUGAAGAAAGUCUUCAUUGGUGGUGCUGCUUCUUGAGCCAUAUGCCCAGACCUCAAGCUGUACUCUUCUCGGGUGUCUGGACACGUUACUCCUUCGUCUUUCCUAGACAUGGUCAUUUGAUCCAGGUGGCUAGAGGCACAAGGAAGGGAUUUAAGGGGAAGCAUAAUGGAUUUUAAAUGGACCACACAUUCAAAAUCAAAUAAACAUAGCACUUUCCAUUACCAGCAA